AUGAAUGGAAUUCCUUUUCUAUACCAGCAGACAAUACUACUGUCAUGGCAGGAAUUUCCUGCCUGGUCAUCUAUCUAUCUAUCUAUAUAUCUAAGCCUGGUCUAUCUAUCUAUCUAUCUAUCUAUAUAUCUAAGCCUGGUCUAUCUAUCUAUCUAUCUAUCUAUAUAUAUAUCUAAGCCUGCCUGGCCAUCUAUCUAUCUAAGCCUGGCCAUCUAUCUAUCUAUCUAUCUAUCUAUCUAUCUAUCUAUCUAUCUAAGCCUGGCCAUCUAUCUAUCUAAGCCUGGCCAUCUAUCUAUCUAUCUAUCUAUCUAUCUAUCUAUCUAUCUAUCUAAGCCUGUUCAUCUAUCUAUAUAUAUAUCUAUCUAUCUAUCUAAGCCUCCUGUUCAACUAUCUAUCUAUCUAUCUAUUUAUAUAUCUAUGCCUGUUCAACUAUCUAUCUAUCUAUCUAUUUAUAUAUCUAAGCCUGUUCAACUAUCUAUCUAUCUAUCUAUCUAUCUAAGCCCGUUCAAUUAUCUAUCUAUCUAUAUAUCUAAGCCUGUUCAAUUAUCUAUCUAUCUAUCUAUCUAUCUAUCUAUCUAUCUAAGCCUGUUCAUCUAUCUAUCUAUCUAUCUAUCUAAGCCUGUUCAUCUAUCUAUCUAUCUAUAUAAGCCUGUUCAUCUAUCUAUCUAUCUAUAUAAGCCUGUUCAUCUAUCUAUCUAUCUAUCUAAGCCUGUUCAUCUAUCUAUCUAUCUAUCUAUCUAUCUAUCUAUCUAUCUAUCUAUCUAUCUAUCUCAUUCUAAAACGGUGCCCAAACACAGACAAACACCGCUGCUGCUUCCUUUUUCUGCUAGAAGAAAUACGAACCGUCUUUUAUUGCUUUCAGGAAGCGUUCAGAAUUCUUCAACAUGUCAGCUACCUUCUUCCCUGUUGGUGGCCAAGAAAGAGGCGAAGCAGAAAACUAAAAGAAGAGGUGAGGAUGAUGAGCGUCAUUCCUCAUCCACUCAUCUUACCGAUCUGCCUAGCCACCCUAAUCACAUACCAGGCUUUCUUUCCUCAUGCUAUCACCUCGAGGAACUAAUUAAAAUAGGCAGGUGCAGUUUCGAAAGUCGGAGAGUAAGAACUGAAGGAAUGGCUUUUACAUUUGACGUGUUUCUUUCUUUCGUCAUCAACUUUUUUCUUUCCAUGAAUGUUAUCUUCUUAUUCGUUUUUAAAUUGCCCCUCUUUUAUCUAUCUAUCUCAGUCUUUUUAUUAUCUCUCUGUUGA